AUGGCUGAGGGAUUGGAUAAGCCUUUGCUUGACCCAGAGAAUUUCAGUCGAGAAGGUGUCGAUUUGGAACGCAUACCAUUGGAAGAAGUUUUUGAGCAGCUGAAAACAUCGCCAGGAGGACUUUCAUCUGAUGAUGCUGAAGCCAGACUGGAGAUAUUUGGCCAAAACAAGCUUGAAGAGAAGCCUGAAAAUAAAAUAUUGAAGUUUCUGAGUUUCAUGUGGAACCCUCUAUCAUGGGUUAUGGAAGCAGCUGCUAUAAUGGCAAUUGCUCUUGCUAAUGGGGGAGGGGAGGGUCCUGACUGGCAGGACUUUGUAGGGAUUGUGUGCCUACUGCUCAUAAACUCCACCAUUAGUUUUAUUGAAGAGAAUAAUGCUGGAAAUGCAGCAGCUGCAUUGAUGGCUCGCUUGGCUCCAAAAACGAAGGUUCUGAGAGAUGGUCAGUGGCAAGAGCAAGAUGCAACUAUUUUAGUACCUGGAGAUAUAAUCAGCAUAAAACUGGGAGAUAUCGUUCCAGCUGAUGCUCGGCUUCUUGAAGGAGACCCUCUAAAAAUUGACCAGUCAGCUCUCACAGGAGAGUCAUUGCCUGUAACCAAGAAGAAAGGAGACGAAGUCUUUUCUGGCUCAACAUGUAAGCAUGGAGAGAUUGAAGCUGUAGUCAUUGCAACAGGAGUUCACACCUUUUUUGGAAAGGCAGCACAUUUAGUUGAUAGUACUAUAGUUGUUGGACAUUUUCAAAAGGUCCUAACCGCAAUUGGGAACUUCUGCAUUUGCUCUAUCGCUGUAGGGAUGAUUAUUGAACUCAUAGUAAUGUAUCCUAUAGAGAAACGUUCAUAUAGGGAUGGAAUCAACAACCUUCUUGUUCUCUUAAUUGGAGGAAUUCCCAUAGCCAUGCCAACAGUCCUAUCUGUGACGCUUGCAAUUGGCUCUCAUCGACUUUCACAGCAGGGAGCCAUCACAAAGAGAAUGACAGCAAUUGAAGAGAUGGCAGGUAUGGAUGUACUCUGCAGUGAUAAGACUGGAACUCUUACCCUGAAUCGUCUUACUGUUGACCGAAACCUUGUAGAGGUCUUCAACAGCAACAUGGACAAAGAUACGGUUGUCCUACUAGCAGCCAGAGCAGCUAGGAUGGAAAACCAGGAUGCCAUUGAUGCUGCCAUUGUUAAUAUGCUAGCUGAUCCAAGGGAGGCACGUGCUAACAUCACUGAAGUUCAUUUUCUACCAUUCAAUCCCGUAGACAAACGUACUGCCAUUACAUAUAUUGAUUUUGAAGGCAACUGGUAUAGGGCCAGCAAAGGAGCUCCUGAACAGAUUCUAACUAUGUGCCAAGAGAGAGAUGAGAUUGCCGGAAAAGUUCAUGCCAUCAUUGACAAAUAUGCUGAAAGGGGCUUGCGAUCUCUUGCAGUUGCCUUCCAGGAGGUUCCUGAAAAGUCCAAGGAGAGUCCCGGAGGUCCUUGGACCUUUUGCGGGCUGCUCCCCUUGUUUGAUCCUCCAAGACAUGAUAGUGCUGAGACUAUACGUAGAGCACUUAACCUCGGAGUCAAUGUUAAGAUGAUUACAGGGGAUCAGCUGGCCAUUGCAAAAGAGACAGGCCGAAGACUUGGUAUGGGGACAAACAUGUACCCUUCUUCAUCAUUGUUGGGCCGUGACAAAGAUGAAAAUGAAGCCCUCCCAGUAGACGAGCUCAUUGAAAAGGCAGAUGGAUUUGCUGGUGUAUUUCCCGAACACAAGUACGAAAUUGUGAAAAUUUUACAAGAAAAGAAGCACGUAGUUGGAAUGACUGGAGAUGGUGUAAAUGAUGCUCCGGCUUUAAAGAAAGCAGACAUUGGGAUUGCUGUGUCAGAUGCAACUGAUGCUGCGAGAAGUGCUGCUGAUAUAGUUUUAACUGAACCCGGUUUAAGUGUUAUUAUCAGUGCUGUGUUAACUAGCCGAGCUAUAUUUCAAAGAAUGAAAAAUUAUACAAUAUAUGCAGUCUCCAUAACCAUUCGGAUAGUGCUUGGUUUUAUGCUUCUGGCAUUGAUUUGGGAGUAUGAUUUUCCACCUUUCAUGGUCCUGAUCAUCGCCAUACUGAAUGAUGGGACUAUUAUGACCAUAUCCAAAGAUCGCGUAAAGCCAUCACCGACUCCUGACAGUUGGAAGCUGCCAGAGAUAUUUGCAACUGGAGUGGUUAUUGGGACUUACCUUGCCUUGAUUACUGUUCUUUUCUACUGGGCCGUAGUGCACACCACUUUCUUUGAGACACGCUUCCAUGUAGCCUCUAUAUCCAGUGACAGUGAGAAAGUUUCAUCUGCUGUAUAUCUUCAAGUCAGUAUCAUCAGCCAGGCUUUGAUUUUUGUAACACGAAGUCAAGGAUGGUCAUAUCUAGAGAGACCUGGAGGCCUCUUGAUGUGUGCCUUUGUUGUAGCUCAACUGGUGGCCACCUUAAUAGCUGUGUAUGCACAUAUCAGCUUUGCUAAAAUUACAGGCAUUGGAUGGGGAUGGGCUGGUGUUAUAUGGUUAUACAGUUUGAUCUUUUAUAUACCUUUGGACAUUAUCAAGUUCACAAUUCGCUACAUUUUGAGUGGCCAAGCCUGGAAUCUGGUAUUUGACAGAAAGACUGCUUUUAGUUCUAAGAAAGACUAUGGGAAAGAAGACAGGGCUGCACAAUGGAUUGUUUCUCAGAGAAGCUUACAAGGAGUAUUGAGCGUAGGCUUAGAAGUGAAUAAUGGAAUCGGAAGGCGAUCUUCUUUGAUUGCUGAACAAGCCAGGAGACGUGCUGAAAUCGCCAGGCUGGGAGAAUUACACACUUUGAGAGGACAUGUAGAGUCUGUUUUGAGACUCAAGAACUUGGACCGGAGUGUUCUUCAAUCAGCGCACACAGUGUGAAAGCCAGCACAACAACUCCAAGCUUAAUCAGGAACCAAAAUUUUCAGUUUGUGUGGCGAGUUUUGGUAUUUCAUUUCAUUAUUCCUAAUCAAAGAGAAUUGAUUUCACGGUACCGAAGACCACAAAGGGAUCUUCUUCUUCCUCUUCUAUAGAGACAAGCCUCUGCUCAUCUUUCUAUGCCAUUGGGGACUAAUAAGAUUCUUGUAAUUUUCAUUAUAAAUCAUAACAGAGUGAGCAGUGAGCUUUUUUUUUUU